AUGAUUUCUUAGUGUAAAUCGUCAUUUAAAUCCACUUAAUUUUUUAAGUUUUUUUUUCUUUUUUUUCUUAAUAAGUUCUUCAAAUAUCAAAGAGAAAAAUUGAGAAAUUUGACAAAAACACUUUUAUUUAAUCUGUUUGAUUUGUAGAUUAUCAAAUAGAAAUGUAAGAAAUUUUAGAGUAUUUCAAUCAUAUCUUCUAGAUGCUAUAACUUAAAAAACCUCAAUAAAUUCAAAGGUUACAUUUUUAAAUUUGAUAUGAAUGGGAAGGGAGAAAGCCAAAAAUAAAAAAUAAAAAAGUAAGGAAGAAGUAGCAAUUUUUAGUUAUUCAAAUUAAAGUUGAUGCGAACAUACUUACAGAAAAUAUAAAUAUGGAAAAUAAAUAGGAAGGUUUACAUUAAAUAAAGUAUUUUAAAGCUAAGCUCAAUUGAUGUGACGAAACAUAAUAAGAAGGACAGAAUGUUAUACAAAAUAAAUUAUAUUUUUUAAAUUUGUUAUAUAUGA